AUGGCCCUGCUAAAACCCUUUAGUAAGCUUCCAAGCUUACAUGCGUCCAGUAUUUUGCUGGUUGAGAAUGAGGAGCUUUUUCAACAAAGUCUGGCCAACGCUCUGGUUGCGGAGGCCGGUGUCACUGUUAAUGUGAGACUUGCAAAAAAUCUUCCUCUCCCUUUGGAAAAUGAGGAUAAGCGUCCAAGGAUAGAUCUGGUUGUGUUCGUCAUGAACCUGACCUCAGAACUGAGUUUUCAGUCUACAGAGGCCUCACUGAAAUAUUUGGACCCAGGAUUUUUUCUUGGCAAAGUUUGCUUUAUGGUGACAAAUGCUCGUAAUGCUACAGUCCCUUCUGGGCGCCUGGAUUCUGUGCGAAAACUUGCUGCAUCUCUCCAGUGUCCAUUACUGUUUGCUGAAGAUCAGAGCCCAGAUGGUGUGGCCAAUGCUGCGGAGAGGCUGCUGACCAUCUUAAAGGUGUCGGCUGGCUUUGUUCCUACAAUAACUGCCCUCUACCUGUCCAACCUGACGCGCUGCACUGUGCCGCCUGACAUCGAUCAGCUGAGCUUUGAGUAA